AUGGAGGAGCUGGAGGACGAGCCCACAGUCACUCCAGGCCCGGGUUUGACAUUUCACCUGGUGCUCGUGGUCGGGCCCCAGGGCUCCAUCCAGCCCCCGAUCACCCCUUGCCAGACCGAUCUGCCGUGCCCGGCGAGCCAGAGGCAUUGCCACCACAUUAAAUCGGUGCAGGGCAACUCCUUGCGGGCUUCACCUAACUUCUUCCUUUCCACGUGUUUCUGGGGCGGGUUGAUUCCAGGCGUGAAUUCCAAGAAGAAUCAAAUAUGUUUUGACUGGGGGCUAGGAGAGAUGAUGGUGUGCGAAACCUCCUUCAACAAAAAAGAAAAAUCAACAUCGCCCGGAUGCCCUUUUAUCCAUAUUGUCCACAAGAAUAUAGAAACUUAUUGUCAAAUCUUGAGAAAACUCUUCAAUGAAUCCCAUGGAAUUUUUGUGGGCCUACAAAGAGUUGAAGAGGAGUUGUCUGGGAAAUUCAAGAAAGCUCAGUUGGUUCGAGUGAGUAAAAACUACCGAUCUGUUAUAAGAGCAUGUAUGGAAGAAAUGCAUCAGGUUGCGACUGCCGCCAGAGAUCCAGCCAGUCAGCACAAGUUCAGCUCCCAGAUUUCCAUUUUGUCGGCCAUGGAACUCAUUUGGAACCUUUGUGAGAUUCUUUUCAUCGAAGCAGCCCCAGCUGGCACUCUCCUCCUGCACCUCCUGGACUGGGUCCGCCUGCACGUUUGUGAGGUCGACAGUCAGCUGGCCACCGUCCUGGGGAGUGAGGUCCCAAGCAAGCACGAGAGCUUCUGGAACUUGGUGACUACGCUGGUGCUCCAAGGCCGCCUGGAUGAGGCCCGCCAGAUGCUGUCUAAGGAGGCCGACGAUAACCCCGCCUCCGCAGGCAUGUGCCGGGUGCUGGGCAACCUCAUGAGGACCAUGCCCAUCCUGAGCCCCGGCAACACCCAGACCCUCACGGAGCUGGAGCUCAAGUGGCAGCACUGGCAUGAGCAGUGUGACCGCCACCUGCAGGAUGGCACGUUUGACGCCAGCCCUCGCCUGGAGAUGCUCUGCAAGAUCCUGCUGGGGGACGAGGCGGCCCUAUUGGAACACAAGGAGCUGAUGAGUAACUGGUACCACUUCCUGGUCACGCGACUCCUCUACUCGCACCCCACCGUCAAGCCCACUGACCUACACUUCUACGCCCAAUCCAGUAUGGACCUCUUCCUGAGUGGCGAGAGCAACCCCGAGGCGCUGGACACCAUCUUGAUGGCGGCCUUCGAGUUCGACAUCCAUCGGGUGAUCAAGGAGUGCAGCAUCGCCAUAAGCAAUUUGUGGUUCGUGGCGCAUCUGACGGACCUGCUGGACCACUGCGACCUCCUCCAGUCACACAACCUCUACUUCGGGUCCAAGAUGAGAGAGUUCCUGCUGCUGGAAUAUGCCUCCGGGCUGUUUGCGCACCACAGCCUGUGGCAGCUGGCGGUGGACUACUUCGACCACUGCCCGGAGCUGGGACGUCCCUCACUGGAGCUGCACAUCGAGCGGAUCCCCCUGAGCACAGAGCAGAAAGCACUCAAGGUGCUGCGGGUCUGUGAGCAGCGGCAGAUGACUGAGCAGGUCCGCAGCAUCUGCAAGAUCUUGGCCAUGCGUGCUUUGCGCAACAACCGCCUGGGGUCCGCCCUGUCCUGGAGCAUCCGAGCUAAGGACGCUGCCUUUGCUACGCUGGUGUCAGACAGAUUCCUCAGGGAUUACUGUGAGCGAGGCUGCUUCUCAGACUUGGACCUCAUUGACAACCUGGGGCCUGCCAUGAUGCUUAGUGACCGGCUGACCUUCCUGGGAAAGUACCGUGAGUUCCACCGAGUCUACGGGGACAAGCGCUUUGGCGACGCGGCUUCUCUGCUCCUGUCGCUGAUGACCUCGCAGAUCGCUCCACGAUCUUUUUGGAUGACACUCCUCACGGACGCGCUGCCCCUUCUGGAGCAGAAGCAGGUGAUCUUCUCUGCUGAGCAGACGUACGAGCUGAUGAGGUGUCUGGAGGACCUGACUCUGGAGAGGCCACUGCACGGGGACCCUGAGGCUCAGGACGAUGUGGAGGCCACCAAGAUAGAGAUACUGAGGCUUGCCCUGGCACGGAAUCUGGCCCGCGCCAUCAUCAAAGAAGGCUCUUCUGAAGGUUCCUGAGGUCAGGCUGGCCUGGAGGCUGCUCCCACACGCUAUAUUUGUAAGGCGAUUUGUACAUACAGUAAUAAAUGCAUUCUUUUGUAA